CAGCUUUCAGCUCCUCAUGGCGUGGAUGAGGGUGGACCUUCUGACGCAUGUGCGUGCGCUGCUGUGUGGGAGUAUAAAACCAGUAAAAGCUGCCGCCUUCAGGGAUCACAGGCACAGUUUGCUUUUUUUUAUAUUUUCCCAGUUUGGAACACCAUGAUGUUCCCCUGCAGCGCCCUGCCCCCGCCUCUCUACCCGGGCUUCCUGCGUCCUCCCGCGGCUCUCUCCUCGCCCCUCAGCCGCUCUCUGCCCUCCGGCUUCCUGGUGGAAGAUCUGCUCCGGCUGAGCCAGCCUGUCGGUUACUUCCACCGGACGUUCUCCCCCGGGAGCCCCGGGGAGUUCAUCCAGCUCAGCCCCGGGCUGGGGGCUUCCCCUCGAGCAGCCGGGUCAGCCACAGAACCACCGAACCGAACAGGGUCACCGCACACGGGCUGUUCGGACUCUGGGUACCUCAAGUUCGGCGUCAGUACCAUCCUGGCUCCAUCUACACGAAGCGUUCAGAGUCUUCAGACCAAGUCGCUGCCAUUCUUGGAUGGAAACCUUCAUCCUCUCUUCAGAGCCUCGUACUUCACAGCCUCCUCGUCCUCCGCCGUAGUUCCUGUUCCAGGAACCUUUUCUUGGCCUCUGCCCCCGCGGGGGAAGCCCAGGAGGGGAAUGCUGCGGCGGGCCGUGUUCUCGGACCUCCAGAGGAAGGCGCUGGAGAAAACCUUCCAGAAACAGAAGUACAUCAGCAAACCAGACAGAAAGAGACUGGCUGGUAAACUUGGACUGAAGGACUCACAGGUGAAGAUCUGGUUUCAGAACCGCAGGAUGAAGUGGAGGAACUCCAAGGAGCGGGAGCUGCUGUCGACAGGCGGCUGCCGCCAGCAGACCCUGCCGACAAAAACCAACCCCCAUCCGGACCUGACCGACGUAGGCAGCACCUUCCGCCAGCGCAGGAACCGGCCUGCAGCCGACGGCCAGGAGUCACACCCCCACCACCACCACCACCGUCCCCAGAGCCCCUCCUCUCCAUCAGACCUGAGCAAACAGUCGGAGCUGUCAGAGUCCGACAGCGAGGAAAUCACGGUUUCAUAGAGAGGAUUCAUGCACUGCAAAAAACAGAACUAGAAAUAAGUAAAAUGUUCUUAAAAUUAGAGUAUUUGUCCUUGAUUUGAGCA